AUGCCGAAAAGUUUCGACAUUUCGGAGAUUCUGAAACCCGAUUUGAAUCCUACACAAGAUCUACUUCUUCCAGUAGACGUACUUCCAGAAUGUCCAGAACCGUUUCCGUUAUAUGUACCGAAUUUUCAGUUUUCAAUUGAGCGAGCCGAGGAAGUCAUCCGUCAAAUGCAACCGAUUGAACCAAUAGUGAAGGAGCCAGAGCCCUACAAACACCUUUCUGUCGACGCCAAUUUCAUCAAACUGCUCGACAAUCUGAAACCCAACACCUCUCCGUACCAGAGGCCAGAUUCCACCAUGACAGAAGACGAACAGAAAAAAUGGAACGCGUCUCGAAUGAGAGAAUACCGUCGGAAAUCGAAUGAAGUCUUGGAGAAAACGAAAGAAAUGUUGGAUGGAGUGAAGGGACAAUGUGUGGUGAGCGGUGCGCGGCUCCGCAAUUUAAUGGCCAACACGACGGUGGAGGACGACGUGAAACUGAAUGCGUCGCAGUUUUUGAGGAUGACGGAGGAGAAGUUGUUGGCGAUUCCGGACAUGAAGAAUAUGUUUGAGAGUGAGCCAACUCUAGGGUCUAAUGGCUUGAAAAUAACGCACGGUAUCGCUAGGCAAUACCAUCGUCGCCGUAAGAUCGCUUCUGAAUCGGGCUUCGAGAUGAGAUCACUGAUCUACGUUGAACGAGUUGUCACGUUGAAUAACGAGCUUCUCAAACGUCAAAAUAAACCGCGUCGUUCCCCUGCUCAACUCAUGAAAAAGAUCAAGGAUGCAAUGUGGAAAGCGGAGGCUUAUGAGUAUUUUAUGGACGACAAGCGUAUCAAAAAAGUGAUUAACGAACUACUGAAAAUCGACAACGAAUUCAAGCAAAGCGUCGGAAUGUGGCUGAUCGAACAACUCAAGACGUUUGGGACGACUGUAACUUUAAUGUCAGCAGAAUCACAAUAA